GUUCCCAUUCCCAUUCCCAUUCCCAUUCCCGUUCCCGUUCCCGUUCCCCCUGUUCCCAUUCCCAUUCCCGUUCCCGUUCCCAUUCCCAUUCCCAUUCCCAUUCCCAUUCCCAUUCCCAUUCCCGUUCCCGUUCCCAUU